CUUAUGUGGGUUGAUACACUUGACAUGAUCAUACAGGAAGACACGUGGUAUGGGAGCUGGUCGCAAGCUGAAGUCCCACCGCAGAAGACAAAGGUGGGCUGACAAGGCCUAUAAGAAAUCCCAUCUUGGGAAUGAAUGGAAGAAACCAUUCGCCGGGUCAUCGCAUGCAAAAGGCAUUGUGCUUGAGAAGAUAGGAAUUGAAGCUAAACAGCCCAACUCUGCUAUUCGUAAAUGUGCUAGGGUUCAACUCAUUAAGAAUGGCAAGAAGAUUGCUGCUUUUGUCCCCAAUGAUGGUUGUUUAAAUUACAUCGAAGAAAAUGAUGAAGUUUUGAUUGCUGGAUUUGGGCGUAAGGGACAUGCCGUCGGAGAUAUUCCCGGUGUAAGAUUCAAGGUGGUGAAGGUAUCUGGUGUNUCCUCUCAAAGCUUUAGAGGAAACUUCUGAAAAUGAUAGUGAAGAAGAAGGAUCAGACCUUAACUGAUUACGGAGUUGGAUGUUGUUUGGCUUCUGAAAUUACUUGCACAUACUACAGGUUGCCCCUUCCUCGGGGAGCCUAAAGGCAAAUAACACUUACUUCCUUGUUUUGUUUGCAAGACUAUAUUAACUUCUGAACUCCAAAUUUGGGGAAAGGUAACAAAAUGAAUGGCGAUGUUCUUUUGUUUGGGCAAAGAAACGACUAUACCUCCAUUUUCAUUUGGACCCAUUGCUGUUUUUUCAAGUUUUACCUUUCACUUUAUAGUAUGACUCCAUGACUGCAAUCAGCGUUGUCGAGAGUUGAUCAUGUUUAUGCAAUUAUUCCUUUUUGUU